GAAAGAGAGAGAGAGAGAGAGAGAGAGAGAGGGUGAGGGUGAGGGAGGUGGGGGAGGUGGAAGGGGGAAGUCGACGCGGAAAAGAAGAAUCAUGGCGGCACCGCUCGGACGGGACACCCUACCUGACCACUGGUCCUACGGAGUUUGUCGGGACGGCCGCGUGUUUUUCAUCAACGACAAAACUCGCAGCACCACUUGGCUUCACCCGCGAACUGGCGAGCCUGUUAAUUCCGGACACAUGAUACGUUCAGAUUUGCCCAGAGGAUGGGAAGAGGGCUUCACGGACGAAGGAGCCAGCUACUUCAUCAACCACAACGCGAGGUGCACAUCAUUUCGACACCCUGUUACCGGGCAGAUUUCACCAGAGAACACAGAAUACACUCUUCAGGACAAGAUGGAGUCCCGCAUGUCCAAUCGCAGAUCACCCUGUAUGGUCGCAGAGUCCUCCAAGCUUGUGACCUCAGCACCAAUGGAUUCCACCUUGACGUCAAAGGGAUCCAGAGGUUCGAGUCGAUGUCAUAGUUUCGGCAAGAGGGAUCAAGCCAUUAAAAGAAACCUCAACAUCCCGGUGGUUGUGAGGGGCUGGCUCUAUAAACAGGACAGCUCUGGAAUGCGACUCUGGAAACGAAAGUGGUUUGUUUUGUCCGACUUCUGCUUGUUUUACUACAAAGACAGCCGCGAGGAGACGGUCCUCGGUAGCAUUCCUCUGCCCAGUUAUGUCAUCGCACCAGUUGCGCCUGAGGACCACGUCAACCGCAAAUAUGCUUUCAAGGCGAGCCACACAGGAAUGCGGUCCUACAUCUACAAUAAGAACUCUGUGAUUGGCUCGCAGGCGGAACACUGCGGGAUGCGGACGUAUUUCUUCAGCGCGGACACACAGGAGGACAUGAACGGCUGGAUCCGGGCCAUGAACCAGGCGGCGCUGAUGCAGCAGAGUCACGCCAUUAAGAGAGAGAGAGAGAGGCCAGAGAAAAGCGUCCAGCAGGAACCUCCUCAAACCAACCGCGUCAACCAGAAGGCGCCUCCGUCAGAAAGCUCGCUCACGACGGACAGAGAGCGCCCUCGGGACGAUGCUGCGCGACCGGCUCCCGGGGAAGAGGCGAAGUACGCGUUGCAGGUCCAAGGGAGGCCCAGGCUGUCGGAUCCAAGAGAGAGGCUCUCUCCAAACUCGGAGGACGGCCAUCCGAGUGGACGGCGAGCGAGCGUGCUGUCGGAACACCACAAUGGAAACCUGUUGUAUCUGAAGGAGACGGGCACUGAGAAACGUGCACAGAGGAAGAAUACGCUGGCCCAGGUGGAGCACUGGGUCAAAGUUCAGAAGGGCGACCCGCCAAAGAGGUCAGUGGCGGUCUUCCAAGUCACGCUCCCGGCUCCUGCCGAGUACAAUCUCCCUCGGCGAACUCCGCCCUCACGGCCCAAAUCGGGCUCAGCGGACGCGUCCUGCCAGUCGCUGCCAAAGUCCCCCCGGCUGCCGUCCGGCGGCGCGUCUCCGCCGUUCGACCUGCCCGGCGACUACAAGUACGCCCACGACCGACUGAGCCACUUCCGCAUGUCCACGGACGAGCGCGUGGCCACCAAGGAGGGGAUGGUGUGGCAGCUGUACGAGUGGCAGCAGAGGCAGCAGUUCCGACACGGCAGCCCCACCGCGCCCGCCUGCUCCGGCCCCGACUUCACCGACUCCUCGUCUUUCACGGUCACCGUGGAGAUGCCGCGCUCCAUCUCUGUGCCGCCGUCCCCCUGUGAGGUCCCGCCGUCCGUCUCCCCCUCGUUCAAGCCGCUGUCCCCCCGCAGGCCGCACACGCCUUCGGGCCGACGGACGGUCAGGCCGCUGGAUGAUUUGUCGAGCGCGGAUAACACUGGCGCGACCUCCCCGGGCCGCAUCUUCACGCGCCUCUCACAGACCUCCCAGAUCUCAAGACGGUCCAUGCCGGCCAUGGGCUACAUCACACACACCGUCAGUGCACCCAGCCUGCAUGGCAAAACGCCCGAGGAGCUGACUCUGCUCCUCGUUCAGCUGCGGAGGCACCAGGCCAAGAUGGCUGGUGUGCAAAGCCCCGCCGCCGCCGCCGCCGCCGAUAUCGAUAUCGCCGGCGGCGCGUUCGCUCAUCUGCGGCAUCGACAGCACAACGGCCUGCUAGGCCCCAGCACGCAGGCUGAUGAUACUUACAUCCAACUGAAGAAGGACCUGGAGUAUCUAGAUCUGAAGGUUACCGGACGGGAAAGCCUCAGAAAGGAAACGCACGGGCCUGUGAAAAUAGCGGAGAGCGAUGCCGAUGUAAAAUUAAGCCGACUGUGUGAACAGGACAAGAUUCUACAGGAGCUAGAAGCCAGGAUACGCACACUGAAGGAAGAUAAGGACAAGCUGGAGUCGGUGUUGGAUGUGUCCCACCAGCAGAUGGAGCAGUACAGAGAUCAGCCAGCCCACGUGGAGAAAAUUGCCUACCAGCAAAAACUACUGCAAGAGGAUGUGGUGCACAUCAGGGCGGAAAUAUCCAAAGUGUCCACAGAGAUGGAGAAUGCGUGGAAAGAGUACAUCGGGCUGGAGAAAGAUGUCGACUGGCUCAAAGCUGCCCUGCAAGGGCAUAUGACCCGCACUGACCUUUCUCAGCAAGAGAAAGUCCAGAUGAGGAAAGAGCUUUGGAGGAUGGAAGACGUGAUCGCAGGCCUCAGCAGCAGUAAAGGCAACUACAAAGUCACUAUCUCCUCUGUGACCAACCCGGAGAGGAAACUUGUGCCUUCCGUGUCGGCGUCGUCUGUGCCCUCGACGUCUGGGAGCCCGUCCGCUAUGUUGAUGAGAUUGUCCCAGGAGCGGCGGCAGCGGCGCGGCACCCGCCUCGGCCCCAGCAGCCGCAAUGCCCCGACCCUCACGCUAUCCUCCAGUCACGCUCAACAGCCCUCACUCCACUCCACAGCCACCGCUACUGGGCAUCCUUGGGCUGAGGAAGAUGUGCCUCCCAGACCGCCGCUACCUCAAGUCUACAGCCUUGACGAGCACCCCCCCGCCGUGCCCCCCCUGCCCAGGGAGACCGCAGUCAUCAGACACACCUCGGUGCGCGGCCUCAAGCGCCAGUCUGACGAACGCAAGCGGGACAGAGAGACAGGCCAAAAUGGGGAUGUUAAGGUGGAGCUCAGGCCUUUCCUGAGCGAUCCCGAGCUCGUCGGCGCGGGAGACGGCGCCAGCGUCGCCGGCGGCGUGACGUCACCAGGUCACGGCGGAGGUUGUCAGACAUUACCCGGCAGAGGAGUCGCCGGCUCCUCCCUCAGACGGAAUCACUCGUCGAGCAUCUCGUCUUACGUGACCCUACGGAGAGCAACGUCAGCUCCCGGUGCGAAGGAGCGAUCCAAAAGUGCCUCGGAACGUCUGUACUCCGCGGAGGCGGCGCCUCAACGCGGGAGGAUGAGCGCCGACGAGCAGCUGGAGAGGAUGAAGAGGCACCAGAAGGCCCUGGUGCGACAGCGCAAGCGCACUUUGAGCCACGGCGACCGCCACGCCUCCACGUCGUCGCGCUCCUCCUCAUCGGCCUCCUCGCGCCCUCUCUCGGCCGACUUUGGUUCUUGGAGGCGAGAGCAGGAGUUUGACCUGCAGCUGUUGGAGAGGGCCGUGCAGGGCGAGGAGGCUCAGGCCGUGAGGAGCGUCCAGGGGGAGGAGAGGCCCCCCGAGCACAAAGAGAGAUCCCGAUCGCACUCCGACGAUUGGCUGACCUUCGGCUCUGAGACCGGGACGCCUCCGACCCACGACGGCCUGGAAACUAAAGACUAUGAUGCCGACUUAAUCAAAGAGCUGUCAAAGCCUGAGAAGAUGUUGAUUCCAGAGCGAUAUGUGAAUUUAGAGCCUGAGGAACCUCUGAGUGCUCAGGAGAUGGAGGACCGUCAUCGGAAGGUGGAACGGAUCAAGAACAUCUUGGCAAAGUCGAGUGUCCAAAACCUGGCGCCGGCAUUAUGCGCAGACAAGUCUGAGGUGAGCUUGCUGGGGCUCAACUCGGUUCUGCAGGAGCAGGAGAGGAUCAUCACCAUGUCCUACAUGCUGGCCUCGGAGGCCUCCCUGAAGAGUAAACAGGUCACAGUUCCGUCGCAGGCUAACAGCCCCGUCCCACCGCCCCCGCCCGCUCCCGCUCCCCCUCCCCCUCCCCCUCCUCCUCCUCCUCCUCUUCCUCCUGUAUCUGCGACGCCUUCCGCCUCCUCUCCUCUAAGCAACGGGAUCCACUACACGUUUGUGUAAUACAAGAAGAAAACUCAAGCAAUUUCUGGACACUGAGAUCUUUUAUGACAAUGGCAACAAACAGCAGGACUCUACAAAAGAAGAUCCUGGAUACAUUUGUGCACAUCACUAGAUGAAUGUAGAACAUAUUUAACCUUUUCGUACUGCGCCAACAACCUCUGAAUGGAUUUUUUGGUUUCCAAAAGAAAGCUGCAGCACUGAACUCUUUAAAAAAAUAUAUAUUUUUUCUAUAUAUUAUAUUGCACUUUGAGCUGUACACCGGAAAGAAGACUGAAAUAUUUUUGAGUUGGCUAUGAAUUAACUUUUGUUGUUUGUCCAUGGAUAUAAUGUUAAAAACAAGAGGCACUAAAUCUAUCGUGAUUGUAGAUUUUUAUCACAAGAAAGAUGUUUUUUUUUUUUUUUUUCUUCAAACAAUUUGCCCACAAUAUCAUGUACACAUUUACCAUAGAACUGCCAGUCUUCCGUUAGCUUUCAUUUUUGUCUACAGCAAGAUGGAAUAACAUCACCUAUUUUGCGUGGGAGUGUCAAGAUCGCAAAAUGGCCAUUUAUUCAAAUGUGAAUAUUAAAGCCAUUAA